UCAUUUCAGCAUUUUACGCAUGUCUAUAUUCAUUUGAAAGGUUGCUAAAUGUUAUAAUCUGGAAUAAGAAUAAUAACACCAAUAAUUCUAUUGAUCUCGAACAGCGGUAUUUGUCAUUUUGUUUAUUAGUAACAAAAUGGCGGACGAGCUUUUAAACAGUUCACAGAUUCAAGAAAUUUGUACUAGAGAAAAGCAAGAGGGAAGGCUGUUACUCUCCAAAGCUUUAAAUCUGCAUCCAAUUGAUGAACUAGACGAUCUGCGAACAGUGAUAUAUGUUGACUACCUGUAUGACAACAUCAGUUUUGCUGCAGAAAAGGGUUUUCCUUGGAGUCAUAUAGAAACUGUGCUGUCAUUUGCAGAUGAUUUCUUAAAAAUGACAAAGGGCAAGUGUUUAACAGAGGCUCUCAGCAUUUUCAAGUCAGAGUCAGAUGUUCUAGCAGCAAAACUUGGUGAGAGGAAUUUCAAAGUUUACGCAGAUUUCAUAUUUUCUACAUUCAUGAGGCAUUAUCAACUAUUCCAGUACGUUUUUACCCGGGACCAAGAGAAGCAGAUACCUCAUGUCCGUGUGGAUGUUGUCGUUCCACCUGAUGCCCAGGAGAUGUCGACCGCAAAACAGAUAGAUGUGUGGAAUUAUGAACAAACUCUCCUAGAGCUGGAAAGAAAGGCUUGUGAAAAGGUCAAUCAGCAGCUGUUGUUGAAGGAAAAGGUCACAGAGGAGGUCAACAGUGUAAAGGAGAAAACGUUCAACAAGGUGUUGGACAUUGAGCCGCCCAUCACAGAAGAGGUUGUUAAGGAAAUCAUACAGGAUGUGUUACACACCUACAUGACGUCCAUCUCGUCAAACAUUCAGUUAUCUAUUCGCGAAGCACAAGAAGACCUGGAGUUCAAGUUGGAGAAGACGAGCUUACCUCGACCUCAGGUCUUGGGCCCUCCACCUCGCUAUAAACUGAAGACCCCUCCAAGUGCUGGGAAGACGGGUAGCACCAACUCUCGACGCAAGUCUCGUGCAUCAAGCAGAGGAAGUCGCAAAUCAAUCAAGUCCAUUAAAUCAGCCAAGUCUUGACAACUGAAUGUUUAUUAUCAAUUUGUGCAAUGUGAUAAAUGACUAAAACUAGACUUUUAAAGCAUGUUUAAUUGUUUGUUGUUUUCUACUAUUGUCAUGGGGUUUUUUUACUCAAAUAGUACAAUUACUUACUAUUUUGACCGUUUUAAUGAGGAUGUUUUUUCAGUUCUAUGUCAGAUUUUCAGCAUGGAUUGUGCCAGAAAUUAUCACAUGGGAAAUGAGUGGGAUGGGGUUACAGACAAAUAUUUAAAACCCACAUUGACAGUAUAAAAGUAAAUGAUAUGCAACCACAGAAAAACAUAUACUUGGAUUUUACACUCACCUUGAUAAAAGAUAUUUGUAGGGUAUACCCCACACAAAAGCAUGUUUACCUGUAGCCCCAUCAUGUGCAAGUCAUUAAAUAAAAUUCUAUUAAAACCCAUCGUGUAUAAUAAAAACUUUUCUCACUGAUAAUUUUAACUAAGAACUAGUUGUGGUGGGUACAGGUGUGGAGUGUUUGGUUGUUUUGGGAUUUUUUUUAGAACUGAAUAUUUUUCAACAUAUACUUUAUGUUUGUGCCUUAGGGAACAUCUUUCUAGACUGAAAAUAUUUAUGAAUAAUAUAUAUUUAAAUAUUUACUUCAGUGCCUGUGAUAUGUAUACUGUUAUUUAAAAUAAAGUUGUUAUACAAACCAAAACCUUUUAGAGUCCAGACUCAAUCUCUAAUGAUGUCACACACAUACAAUUUGUAUGGUGUUGUCAUGACAUUAGUGUCUAGACUCUAAAAGUGUUAUAAGCACCAGAACAGGUGUUUCUUGUAUAUAAAUGAGUAUACAUUUUGUAUGUUUUUAAAAUUUAUAUUUAUCUUUUGUCUGUUAUACAUGUUGGGUUUUUUACUGUGACUGUUUAUGAAUUUCUUUUUAUGCAACUUGAGAAGACAGUGUGUGCCAUUUUGCUAUAAAUACAAAACAAAUGUAUUUUUUAGACAUUUGGAAUGUUAAAAAAACAAAACAAAUAUUUUUAAAAGUAUUUUAGACAAAAUUAAGUAGAAUUGACUUUCUAAAAACAAUAUUUUAUAAUAAAAAAUUAAGUUAUCAUGGAAUUUGAAAAAUAUUUAAUAUUUUAUGUAUUAAGUUGUCAAAAUUCUUAAUGUUAAGGGGAGACAACUAAUAAAAUAACAGACUUUCAUCUCAGUUUAAAAUGUUCAUGAUUGAGUAACAACACAUGGUAAUAUUAAUAACAAUAUGAUAGUAGCUUAAAGUGACAAACCCAAGUUUUUAAACACUACGAUGUAUUUUUUACUAUUAGAGCCAUUUUGAUAGUUAAAAUUAGAAGUUAUGUUGUUUAGAUUAUCCAUUUUCGAACAUCCAAAGUGUUUUUGGUUAUCCAAGGUUUUGAAAUACCCCGCAAUACAGUUUUCAUAAUUCUAUUACAAUUGUCUGAGAAGUAACAGUUAUCGAGGCAAACUCUAAUCUAUUUUAGAUGUUAUAUGCCCGUUUAAACCUGACAGACUUCAGUUUUACUCUAUUAAAAUGUUAUUCAGGUAUGUUACAGGUUUGUAGAUUAACCAAACUUAGUGCAUCCAUUUUCACGGGCUAAAACUAGCGUCUGUACCUUUAAUACAAAGAAUAUUGUGUAAUAUAUAUACUGAACUUCACACACAUUGUUUUUGCUUCCUAUUUAUUGCACAAGUUUAUUUUGUGAUCUCAUGGUAUGUUCUUGUGUAAAAUAAAUUAGUACAAUAACUAGGAAGCAAGUAUUUAUCACAUACUUUGUGUUAUUUUUAUACAAUGAUGGUUUUUAAUUUAACGUCAUAACUACACUUUCUUAAAUCUAUGAUCAAUAUGCCUUUCAUGGAUCUACUUAACGUUAAGAAUCAUACUCUACAGCAAUCUUGUGUAAUGUUUCAAAUACGACAUGACAUAAUUUGUACAUCAUAUAAUGACAUCAGUUAAAAAAAGGCACCAACUCCAGUAAAAACAAAAAGGGAAUUCCCCAUUUAACAGUUCUGAUCUAGAUUGCACAAAUGUGUGAUACAAGAUAAAUUUAUCAUACGGUUUGAAAAUGCCUUUAUCACUAUAGUAAGAUUGAAUAGGUAUGUAACAAAUAUUUUUUGAUGUCUAUGUCGAUUCUUGAAAUGUGUUUUUAGUCAUAUAAUUGUCUUUAAAAAUGAUACUCACUGGAUAUAUAAUGAGAAAUAUGUUAUUAAAGAAUGAUUGUAAAAUUCA